AUGGCUGUUCUAUUCAAGAGCCAGGUUUGUUACCGCAUUCAGGAUCCUGCAGAUGGGAGAGAAUAUGCGAUGAAAGAUUGUUGGGUGGCUGAUGUAAAGAGAUUUCACGAAGUAGACGUCCUUAAGAGGGUCAAGGGCAUCCCUAAUGUGGUCCAACUCGUAGACCAUUGGGAUGUCCUAUUCAGCGGGGAGCCUGACUGCACAGCCCGCAUUCGGGAUAGAUAUGAGGACAGGCCAGACAAGAAGUUCAUUAACAGCUCCAGAAAGGAACUGAUUUGCGCCUUUCGCAAUUUUGUGGUCGCUCAUGAAAUGAUGAUCAAACAACGAGUCCUACAUGGAGACCUUAGUCCGAACAAUUUCAUUAUCCAUGAAGGCAUUGGGUAUUUCAUCGAAUUUUCGACCACAGCGUCAAUCAUGAAGGAGGGCGAGACAUUUACUAUUUCAGUUUGGUACUGGAACUGUGCCAUAUAUUUCUAUGCGCAUUUUGAGAACAAUGUCAAAGAACGCCGACAUCAUCAAGAAGUCAAAGUCGACGCCAACACCAACAGCAUUGCUCAGCUGAAACUGGUUGAGCACAACCCCAGUGAUGACCUCGAGUCACUGUUCUACAUUUUUUUCGAAUUCGUUUCGAAGUAUGGGGGUGCGCACGGUGCAGUUGCUAAAACUUGGGAUAAGACGACUAUGCCAUGGGCGGAUGCUUACGAGAAUUUGGGCAUUGCAAGCAGUUUGCUUGCCACCUUUUUGGCAAAGAAGGGGGCCAUGUCCGAAAGUGAUGUUCUGAUGGACAGUGUAUCAGACUACUUUGCGGAAUUCAGGCCCAUCAUCAAUGAAUGGCGCGAUCAAAUCUAUUGUAUGGAGUCCAAUCCCAACGGGGUUGUUCACGAUGACAUCUUCCAAAUGCUUGUCAAAUUCAUUUCGAACCUUGACAAUGAAGAACCUGCCCCGUUGCCCUCUCCAGAAGCUUCCCCCGAUCUGGAGGCGACUACUCGGCGAAGCUCAAGACCUAAUUGUGGUGUUGGCGGUCAUGCAGCACAGCUUCAAAGAGUUGGAGAAAUGGUUGCUGCCCCAACCAAGAAACGACCAAAGGGUGACGAUCUUCAAAUAAGCAGCUCAGAUGAAAAUCCUAUGGCACCUUCACAGCUUCAGAAAGUGAAAACAAAUCCUCCUGCGAAACCUUCCAGCACUUCCAAGAACAAACAGAACAAACACAGAAUAACAGGAAGCAGCCAGCAUCCUCAGGCCCCUACUUCCCGUCUGAAUCUAUAUGUGGCUCGCUCUUCCGAAAGGUUCGGAUUCAAGGAACCCCAGUCCAAUGGUCGCGAGAAGGCCAGGGAGGGACAGCCUAUGCAGAAGGAAGCACAGUCCAGUGGUCGCAAAACGGUUGAGCGGAACAUGGGUCAUGGUCGCCAGAAGGACAGGCAGGACACGGAUGAGGACAGGGAGUCUCUGCUCAGCUCUCAUGAACGUGAUGAGUCUGAACAUGACAAUGCUGACCGUGAUUUUGACAGCAAUACACAGAUUGAUAGAGACGUUGGCCAGCACACAGUGUCAUGCAUGGUCAUGUGA